GUGUGCGCUUGAGAAUGCAGUGAUAGCCUCGCGCACCCUCAUGCGCACACCGCUCUCAGGUGCCAUGCUCUCAGGUGCCAUGCUCUCAGGUGCCAUGCUCUCAGGUGCCAUGCUCUCAGGUGCCAUGCUCUCAGGUGCCAUGCUCUCAGGUGCCAUGCUCUCAGGUGCCAUGCUCUCAGGUGCCAUGCUCUCAGGUGCCAUGCUCUCAGGUGCCAUGCUCUCAGGUGCCAUGCUCUCAGGUGCCAUGCUCUCAGGUGCCAUGCUCUCAGGUGCCAUGCUCUCAGGUGCCAUGCUCUCAGGUACCAUGCUCUCAGAUGCUCUGCUCUUCAGGCCCGCCCGGCCUUGUUAUCACCACCACUUUCUGCCUGCCUUUAUAUUGCCCCCCUCUCUGCCUUCUCACCUGCACUGCACCCUCACCUUCCCAGGGCACUAG